UCUCUUAAACCACAGCAACGUUGGAGUUCAAACCCAAAAACCCUCCAAAACGAAGUACAAAGAGAGAGAGAAAGAAAGAGGGACAGAGAGAGAGAUGAGUUCAAAUCCAAGAAUCUAGAGAGAGAAGGAGAGAGUUACAGAGAGAUAGCCAUGUUGGAGUUGAAACCCAAGAACCCACAAAGAAACUGAGAGAGAAAAUGAGUGAGUGUGUGCGAUAUUCGAUGGGCAUCUUGAAUUGAGAUCUAAUUAUUUUACCCUUUUUUUUAACUAUCUUGCAUUGUUUUUUUCUUAUGAUUCUCACCGAAAACCCUAGCAAGAACCAGUAAAAUUUUUUGGAAAAGAUUUCAGGAAUUCGCCCACUAGGGAUUCUUUUUUUCAAUUCAUCUUUCAGAAUGUUGCGGGAUCUGAAGUUUUUUCGCCGGAAUUCUGCAAAGAAUCCCGUGGAGGAAAUAGAGAAUGUGCCUGUAAAUCCUACAGAUUUAUCGGCAAUGCAGACUGGUGUGGACGCUAUGCGUCCUCCGCUGACCACAAUUCCAGAUUCUACUCAGACUUCCAAACCGUUUGUGGAACCAGAAUCGGGUUUUCGGAAUAAGGUGGAUAGAACUCCUACUAAGGCCAAAGGCAAAAGCUCUGAUACCGCAUUGCCAGGUCGAACUCCAGACAAACAAGGUAUUGGGCUUUCAGGGAGGAAUCGAUUUGGGUGGGCUCAGAAGAAUGAACCCAACUCAGUUGUUCCUGAAUCCCGUGAUGAUGGAAGUCAAAUGAGCAGAGGAGCUGGGUUUGGAAAUGGGGUUUUUCCAAACACGACUCCUCGAUCUACACGGACAGUGGGGAAGGGUACUUUGAACUAUUCUGAAUGCAAUUCGACCCAAAGCACUCCAACAAAGAGUGUUACCAAGCCCCCCAAUCCAGGGCUUCGGAGUAAGAUUGAUGGAAAUGGGAGUAAUCGAUCUGGGAACUUUGCUCAAUUGUAUAAAGGGAUUCCAGUUUCUUGUGGUCCAUCUACUGUGGUUAAUACUGUUGAAGUGCCUCACUUCGACCUCAGGGAAGAUCCAUCAUUCUGGAUGGAUCAUAAUGUACAGGUUCUUAUACGUGUUCGUCCUCCCAAUAGCAUUGAGCGGAGUAUGCAUGGCUACAACAGGUGCUUGAAGCAGGAAAGUGCACAAAGCAUCACUUGGAUUGGCCAACCAGAGAUGCGAUUCACAUUUGACCAUGUCGCAUGUGAAACAAUUGACCAGGAAACACUUUUCAGGAUGGCUGGUCUUCCAAUGGUGGAGAAUUGCUUGUCAGGUUAUAAUAGCUGUAUGUUUGCCUAUGGUCAGACGGGAAGUGGAAAGACACAUACAAUGCUUGGUGAAAUUGAAGAGUUAGAAGUCAAUCCCAGUCCAAACCGUGGGAUGACCCCGCGCAUUUUUGAAUUCUUGUUCGCAAGAAUAAGAGCGGAAGAGGAAAGCCGGAGAGACGAGAGAUUAAAAUAUUUUUGCAAGUGCUCUUUCUUAGAGAUUUAUAAUGAACAAAUUACGGAUCUACUUGACCCUUCAUCUACAAAUUUGCUACUGCGGGAGGAUAUUAUGAAAGGAGUUUAUGUUGAAAAUCUCUCAGAAUUUGAAGUCCAGACUGUUGGUGACAUUCUUAGGCUUCUAAUUCAGGGCUCCUCAAAUAGGAAAGUUGCGGCAACAAAUAUGAAUAGAGAGAGUAGUCGCUCGCAUAGUGUGUUUACAUGCGUAAUUGAGAGUAGGUGGGAAAAGGAUUCCACAACUAACCUACGAUUUGCCAGGCUAAACCUAGUUGAUCUUGCUGGCUCAGAAAGGCAGAAAACUUCAGGUGCUGAAGGGGAGCGUUUAAAGGAAGCUGCAAACAUUAACAAAUCAUUAUCUACACUAGGUCAUGUAAUAAUGGUUCUACUGGAUGUGGCACAUGGGAAGCCAAGGCACGUUCCCUAUAGAGAUUCAAGGCUGACUUUUCUUCUUCAGGACUCCCUUGGUGGAAACUCCAAAACAAUGAUAAUUGCUAAUGUCAGCCCUUCUAUCUGCUGUUCUGCUGAAACUCUGAACACUCUAAAGUUUGCUCAACGAGCAAAACUCAUACAAAAUAAUGCUGUGGUGAAUGAAGAUUCUUCAAGGGAUGUAGUUGCACUACAACAUGAGAUACGGCUUUUAAAGGAGGAGCUCUCAGCCCUCAAACGUCAGAACGUCUCUAGGUCUCUGUCAUUUGGUUCAACAACUGUUGGAGACACAACACAUAUACAAGGAAAUGCUUCCACAGAAAAAUUUCCUGAGGAUCAGCAGAAGGUUGAUGACAAGUGUAUUGUGAGAAUGUCUUCUAAACAGUUUAAAGCUUUGGAGACUACACUUUCUGGUGCGUUGAGAAGGGAGCAGAUGGCAGAAACCUCUAUAAAACAACUUGAAGCUGAAAUUGAACAGUUAAACCGUUUGGUUCGUCAAAGAGAGGAAGACACCAGGUGUACCAAAAUGAUGCUUAGGUUUCGGGAAGAGAAGAUACAAAGAAUGGAAUCACUUCUAAGUGGCUUAAUACCUGCAGAUACAUAUUUACUGCAAGAGAACAGUGCACUCUCUGAAGAGAUUUUGUUGCUUCAAGCUAAAGUUGACAGAAACCCAGAAGUGACUCGGUUUGCCUUGGAGAAUAUCAGGCUUUUGGACCAACUUAGAAGAUUUCAAGAUUUCUAUGAAGAAGGGGAGAGAGAUAUGCUCUUGACUGAAGUAUCAGAACUGCGUCAUCAGUUGCUUCAAUUUCUUGAUGGGAACUCUAAGCCACACAACCAUCCAAAUUUCAAUAGCCUGCCUCAGGAAGUGAUAUGUGUCAGCAAAGAAAACGAUUCACUACAUUUGGAGUUGAAACACACUGCCAAUGAGUUAGAGGAAUGCAGGAGAAACCUAAAUUCUUGUUUAGAGGAUAAUGCAAAACUUAGUAGAGAAAUAGAUAAUCUACACUCUAUGUUGAACAAUCUCCAAUCUGCACCCCAUGUUCCAGAUGACAGUAUGGAUGUGGUGAUGGAGGAAUCCUCUGUUGAAGAUUUAUCUUUUGAAGCUUACUCACUUAAGGCAGUUAAAAAAGAGAGGGAAGAGGAGAAGAAGGAAGAUCUGCUGAAACAUACAGAAGAACUCCUUCAUUUGCAGCUAGAGCUGGAUGUGCUAAAGAUUAUCCUGAAAGAAGAGAGGUCAUCUCGUUGUGAAAUAGAGGCUAGGGCGUUGGGCUUAAAUAGAGAGCUUGAGUUGGCAAGACAGAAGGUUUUUUCAAUAAGCAAACAAUGUGAAGAAGCUAAGGAUGAACUGAAGGAUGCAAAGUCUGUUAUUGAAGCACUUGAGUCCCAGCAAAUUCUCUCUAUCAAUGAGAUGGAGAAUCUUAGGGACAGCAAAAGUCAUUAUAUGGAGCUCUUGAGUAAGCAGGAGCUUGAAAUCUUUUCUCUGAAAGAGCAACUUUGUUGUCAUGAACUGAGAGAUCAUCCACCUUCCAACCAUUCAGAAAGUGAGGAUUCCCCUUUACAGGCCAAAUUGAAGAGAAUGCAAAAUUCUCUUGAAAAGGCUAGGAGACUAAAUAUGUGGUAUCAAAGUGAUCGUGCAUUUCAGAUCUCAAAUGAAGAAGAGAUGGAUGAAGUUCAUAGGCAAGCUGAGGCUGAAACUGCUGCAGUGAUUAUCUGCUUGCAGGAAGAACUUACAAGUCUUCAGCAGCAAGUUCAAGAUAGCAAUUUGAAAGAGAUAGAGACCAAAAAGAACAUGAUGCUUUUGGAAACUGAAGCAAAGGUACUGGAGGAAAAACUAUACCAUGUGACUCAAGAUAACAAAAUAUUAGGUGAAAAGCUUGAGGAGAAAGAUGAGGAGCUAAGAAUAUUAUCUGAAGAAUGGGAACAUUUAACCUGUGAGAUUGAAGAAGUUCUCACCAAUGGGCAUGAUGCUCUCACUGAUGCCUCUCAUCAGGUUGACCUCAUUUCCAGUUCCUUUCCCCAUAAAAGAAGUUGGAUUUCUGAACAAGUUGGCCGGAUGAUAAGAAUCAUCUCUGAAAAGGAAUUAUUCAUUGAAGAACUCAACAGAUGUUUAGAGGAUGCAAACAAUAGGAGAAGUGAUAUGGAGAACAUGCUGAGGUCUUUGAAAGGAGCAGCUAUGGUAAUCACUGAAGCACACCAGCAAGAGUGUGAUGCAAAGGAAAGGGAAAUCCUCCUGUUGAAAUCACAGUUGAGUGCAAAAGCAUCUACCAUUGCAAAGCUGGAGAAUAGGAUUAAGCUGGGGGAAGAUCAAAUUCAAAAAGCUUCAGUUUGUGCCACAGUUGCUUUUGUAAUUGUGAACAGACUGUCUGAGAUGAAUUUGAAUCAUGUCAGUGCAUUAAAGCAAAAGAAUAUCCAGCUGAGUGAAUCAGAAGGGAUGAACCUGAGGAAGGAUGAUCUUCUCCAAGAUCAGGUGGCUUCAAUUGAAAAAGCAGAGAAGAUGAUUCAAACUCUGAGAGUGGAACUAGAAGGAUCAGAGGAAAGUUGCGGUAAACUGAAAGUGAAGCUCUCUGAGGAGAAGAAACGUGCUUCAGUUUUGGAACAGAAGCUUGAAGAUAUUGAAGAAAAGGAAAUUUUGACAACACAAGAGAAACUAGCCGAGCUGCAAAGUGGUGUUUCCACACUCAUGUCAUGCAUGGAUGAUUAUGCGGACCGGGUUGGAAGUCCUAUGAAAAUAGAUACUUCACGAGUGUCUAUGUCUACCAAUGACAGUUCUGAAAGACGGACAGAUACUGAACCUGAUGAAGAAACCAACAACAUAGAUGUGCAUUCUGUUGCAGACCUGAAAACUGAUAGCUCUCAGUGCUCCUUUAAAUUUGGCAAGAGUGUUUAUCACAAUGAUAAGAAAAUUUUGGAUUCCAGACCUUGCAAGGAUGUACAUGCAAGAGAUAUUACUAUUAUCCUUUUGAAGAAGGAAAUAGAAUCUGCCCUUGAAAGCUUAAAAGGAGUGCAAGCUGAGAUGGCAAAAUUACGUGUUGAGAAAGAAGAGAUUUGGAUAUCGGAGAAACAGAGUCGAGAAAACAUGAAAUGUCUUAUGGAUCAAGUUCUUUUGCUGCAAUCAGCUAUGAGGAAUUUUGAAGAACAAUCUGGACUCAAGAUGGUGGUGUUCAAUGAUAAGAUACGGAAAGUUGAGCAAAUUGUUCAAGAGACUGGCUCUCAUUGGUUUGAAACAAAAGAGUCACUUGAGCUUGAAGUUGGUGAUGCAAAGAUAGUUGCAGCUCAGAAAACUGCAGAGGCUUCCUGUUUUCUUUCUAAAUUUGAAGAGGCACAAGACACAAUGAAAGAAGCAGAUAUUAUGAUCAAUGGACUAAUGAUAGCAAAUGAAACAAUGAAGCUUGAGAUAGAAAGGCUGAAGAAAGAGAGGGGCAGUUUAAUUAGUGAGGUUCAAAGCUUGCAAUCCUCCAAUGAUUUGAAGUAUCAGCAAUAUGAAAACCUUGAAAAGCAGGUUGCCUCGAAUUUGACAGAAACAAGAAGCAUGGUUCUGGAGAUGGAGGGUAUUUUUGCAGAAGUUCAUACCACCUUCAAUGAAGAUUUCAUGGCUAUAGCCCAUGAUUUCCAUUCCAUGAAGUCCCAGCUUCUACAGUGUACAAGGUUGAUUCGGUCAUGGCUUGAGGACAUCUGGUCUGAGCUAGUUGUAAAGGAUUGUGCUGUGUCUGUGCUAGACCUUUGUCACAUGGGAAUUUUAUUGGAAACUGUGAUGGGACUGAAUGCAGAAAAUGGUUUGCUUCACCAUGGGCUGUGUGAAUCAAACUCUGUUAUAGCAGGUCUGAGGGAGCACAAUUUUAAGACCAGACAAGAACUUGAAAUGUGUAGAAUUCUUAAGGGGAAACUGCUGGCUGACAUCAAGAACAGUUUUGAUCGCAUCUCAAGGAAAGAAGAAGAAACUGGGGAGCUCAGAAUCAAGUUAACUGCCUUUGAGAAAAAAAUAUUAGAUCUACAACUCCAAGAGGAGUCAAUGUUGCACAGGUCUAAUUAUAUGGGUUCCGAGCUUGCUGUUCUAAUGAAGGAGUUAGACCUGAGUAACUCAAAUAUUUUGGCAUCGCUUCUGGAUCAACAGAAAUUACUUCAGGAUAAAGAUGAAGUUAUAAAAUCUCAGGCUGAAUCUUUCAUGAUAGACUUGUACUCGAAAGACAUUGAGUCGCUCAUCUUGACAUCAGAGUUAGAACAUAUGGCUCUCCAGAAAGCUCAUGCGGAAAUGGAACAGAUUGAAUGGUGUACAGUCCUGGAGAGCUUAAAGAAAGCAACAAUUUUUCUCAAGGUAGAUGCGGAUCUGAAGGAACAGUACUUAGUGGACAAGGAAGGUGAGGUCGCCAUUCUACAAAAAGAAGUUGAAGAGGCACAUAGGGAGAAGCAGGAUUUGUUGUUAAAGCUGUAUCAGAGCAGUUCAAGAAUUGCAGAAGUGGAUUCAGUAAACAAGGUACUUGAAGAAGAUAUUCAGUAUAUAAAGGCUGUUGCUUGUUCGGAGCAAAUCAGUUGGCAUGCAGUCCUUGAGAACUUAAAGAAAGAAAUGAUUUUUCUUAAGGUUGAUGCAGAUCUGAAGGAGCAUUGUUUUGCAGACAAAGAAUUUGAGGUUGCCCUGCUACAGAAUGAAGUUGAAGAAGUGCAGAGAGAGAGGCAGGACUUAUUGUCAAAGCUGAACCAAAACAGUUCAAGAAUUGCGGAGGUGAAUGCAGAAAACAAGGUUCUUGAACAAGAUAUUCAGCUUCUAAAGGAUUUUGCUUGUACAAAUGAUGCAUUGAAAGGUGAACUUAGUGAGCUUAUGGAAGCUAAGAUGCGAUUGAUGAUCCAGGUUCAAGAGCUUGAAGCUGAAUACAGAAAAGUUCAAGAAGAUUUGAAGAUCAAGGAAACAGCUCUAGAAUGUUCUUCCAGUCAAAUCUCUGUCCUUGAUCAACAAAACCAAAAGUUGCAGAAUGACAUUUCUUUGCUGGAAACUUCAUCAUGCAAUCUUCAAGAAGCGUUGGACAUAAAAGAUGCAGAGAUUAGCAAAAUGAACCUGCUGGAGGAGGAGAACAAGCUGCUGAAAACAGAGGUAAUGAAGUUGAAGACAGAAUGCUGCAAUGUUCUUCAAGAUUUGGAGGAGAGGAAGUCUGAAUUUGAAUCAAUAGAUAUGGAAAACCAUAGAUUGCAAGAUAGAGUUUGCUCCUUGGAGACUUCCAUUGCCAGUUUACAGACCGAUCUCAACAUGAAAAAUGUGGAGCUGAAUGAACUCCAACUUUCUCAAUCUGUCAUUAAGGAGGAUAUAGGGUUAAAAAUCCAGGAUUUGCAAACCCAUGUUAACCAAGUACAUACAUUGGAGGAAGAGAAUAUUUUCCUGAAAGGCAAACUUAGCUCUCAAGAGAAAAUUCAGUAUGAAAUACUCCAAAUGUCAAGCUUGAAGAUGGUCAAGUGUGUUGAUGCAGUGGAAACUGUAGAUAUGAUGGGCAGCAGAAUAUGUAAUGCUCUGGACAAACAGAGCACUACAAUUAUAGAUAAAAUGUUUCAGGAGAUUUGUGAAAAUUUAGAAAAGACAUCUGAGUUCAUGGAAGAAGUCAAAUGUUUGGAGUGCCUUGCUCAAAAGCUGGUGUCUGAAAAUUUGUCUCUUCAAACUGAGUUGUCGAGGAAGGAUGAUGUUUUAAAAGGAUUGCUAUUUGAUCUGAGCCUACUGCAGGAGUCUGCAUCUAAUAGUAAGGAUCAGAAAGAUGAAAUUGAAGAAUUGGCAGCUUCUUUAGAAUCCUUAGAACAGGAACUUGCAGUAAGAUCGGGUGAGCUGGAUGAGGCUGUUGCUCGUGGCCAAGUAUUUGAAGCCCAGUUGCAGGAGAAAAUAGGCAUAAUCUCUAAUCUAGAGUUGGAUAUUUCAAAGGGAAGAGAGUCUCUAAAAGUUCUUUCCCUUGAAAAUCAGGAACUAAGAGCUUAUGUUGAAGAUGCUUUAGCAGCAAAAAGUUCCAUUGAGGAGGAGUUGACAGAGAGAAGGAAGGUAAUUGACAGUUUGGAGGCGGAUAUAUUUGAAAUGAGUAAUGCUCUCGGCCAAAUGAAUGAUUCAAUCGACUCCUUGAAGAGCAAUCUGAGUGAACUUACUAAUGAAAGGGAUCAUCUCCAAGUGGAGGUCCUUACUUUGAAAGAAAAACUAGAAAAAGCGCAGGCUUGUGCUGAUGAAAAUGAAGCAAUUGCUACAGAAGCUCAACAGAUAGCAGAAUCAAGAAAGACUUAUGCUGAAGAUAAGGAAGAGGAGGUAAGGCUACUAGAGAGGUCUGUGGAAGAGCUAGAACGUACUGUAAAUGUACUAGAAAAUAAGGUUGACAUUGUCAAAGGAGAAGCUGAACGACAACGAUUACAAAGAGAGGAGCUAGAACUGGAGCUUCAUGCUUUAAAACAUCAGAUGCAAAAUGUUGAGAGUAGUGAUGCUGACAUGAAAAGGCAUUUAGAUGAGAAAGAGAAAGCUCUUCAAGAAGCCUCAGAGCAUAUAAAAGUUCUUGAGAGAGACAUAGCUAACAGGGUUGCGGAGAUUGCCCAGUUGAAGGCACACAUCUCUGAGCUGAAUUUGCAUGCAGAGGCACAGGCUAGUGAAUACAAGCAAAAGUUCAAGGCAUUGGAAGCCAUGGUUGAACAAGUCAAGCCUGAGGGCUUUUCCACCCAUGUACAAAAUUCAUCAUCAAAUAAAUCAGAGAAAAAUGCCUCAAAGUCUAGGGGUUCUGGUUCCCCUUUCAAAUGCAUUGGAUUAGGGUUGGUACAACAAAUUAAAUUGGAGAAGGAUGAGGAGCUUUUUGCUGGAAGGCUUCGCAUUGAAGAGCUUGAAGCCUUAGCUGCAAGUCGGCAGAAAGAGAUAUUUGCAUUGAAUGCCAGACUAGCUGCUACAGAAAGCAUGACCCAUGAUGUAAUUCGAGAUUUAUUGGGAUUAAAAUUAGAUAUGACCAAGUAUACAUCGGUGUUGGAUAAUCAACAAGUGCAGAAGAUAACAGAGAAGGCUCAACUUCAUAGCAUAGAAUCUCAAGCAAAGGAGCAGGAGGUAAUCAAGCUAAAGCAGCAGUUAAAUGAGUUUGUUGAGGAGAGGCAAGGAUGGUUGGAGGAAAUUGAUCGCAAACAGGCUGAGAUGGUGGCUGCACAAAUUGCCCUGGAAAAGCUCCGUCAGCGAGAUCAGUUACUUAAAACUGAAAAUGAAAUGUUGAAGUUGGAGAAUGUAAAACAUAAGAAGAAGGUGAUGGAACUUGAAGGAGAAGUAAAGAAGCUGUCUGGACAGCAAAACCUCCAGCAGCGCAUUCAUCAUCAUGCCAAAAUCAAGGCAAAAAACAAUCUACUGAAGAUUGAAAAUGAAGAUCUUAGCAAUAAGCUAAGGCGGGCAGAGGUGAUUCUUUCACGUGUCAAAGAAGAGCUUGCUCGCUACCGUGCUUCCUGUGGUAGGAGUAUUGAUUUCAAUGAGGAACAAAUGCUGAGUAAUAAACUUAAGGAAACAGAAGAAGAGAGGCUGCAAUUAGCACAGAAGUUCCUGAACUUGUGUACCAGCAUUUUAAAGGUAGCUGGAAUAACAAAACCAGUGUCUGAAAUAAGCCUCUCUGUGGCUGAAGAAGCUCUUGAGCAGCUCAAGAAUCGACUCACAACACUGGAAAGAGAAUCACAAGAUUUGAAGUUUAAGAAUAAGAUUGUGAAUGAAAGAAUUCGACUCUCCGAGCUUGUGCCACAGCCCUCACCAUUAAGCUCAAGGACAGAUGAGAACCAUCUAACUCCCCAGAGGGUAUCCCAAACUCCAUUUCUUUCAGCUUUAGAUCGAUAGACAGGGCCCAUCAGCUGCUGGUUGAAUAGUGGUUAACCUUCUGCUAACAGUCAUUGAAAUCCAAGCUGGGCUAUUCUUUUGUUUCAUUGAUCCUCUUGUGUAUAUCAGCUCUUGUAUAUACUUUCAUAUUUUAUAUGAUUCAAUUAUAAAUUGAAAGUUUGCGUCA